AUGCGAAAAGAACUUCUAACCAUCGAGUACAUCGACGAAGAAAACGAACGAAGCGAAAUCCAGCUGAAGGUGCACAUCAAGGGGAGUCUGAGGGAGCACUACUAUGACACAUGCGUAAAACAAUAUAGGGAAAACAAACUGAAGGAAAAUAAAUACGAAUACGCCUAUUUGAAGGACGUCCCCAUUAACAAUUUGAUUAAUUAUAUUAAGAAAGAGGACUACCUAGGCAUCUUCCUUAAACAUGUAAAUGAGGACAUCAUUCGGGUGUAUCAAAAAAUGAAUAACCUCCACUUGAUCGGGUCCCCAAGACUUACGAACAAUAGUAGCCACAUAACCAUCAGCAAGUUUAGCGAUGUGCAUCUGACCUUCUCAAUUGAUAAGUUCCCAAAAAUAAAAUUUAACAAAUCGUAUGUCCGCUUACCCAUGAAGGUGGAAAUACCUCCGUACGAAAGGGGCAGCACUUUUAGGGAAUUCCUAAAGGUGAUACAAAAUGAAAAGGAAAAAGAAAAUGAAGUGACCGUAAGUGUAGAUGAAAAUCAUAAAGUAGAUUGGAAUGAUGAUGUGUAUGUUAAUGUGUGCAGGGGGUGGGUCUACAGUUCGAGCAACGAGUACCACAGUGAUGUGUGCCACGUUGAGGGGGAAGUUACAAACAAAUGGGUAUCACAUGGAGGGGGGAGGAGCCAAGAAGAAACCCCCGAUGAUGCAACAAUGAGUGAAGCUUUGAAGAGUCGAGAGAAAAUUAAAGACCUAAUCGAUAUUGACAAAACUGAAGAAGAAUUUAUUAACAGUUCAGAAAUAUUUGAUGAGGAGAAGGAAGAAAAAGGUGCCCCCAAAAAUGAUGAAAAUUUAUUUAAUGAUACAAACGUGGGAGAUAUGGAGGAGUGUAAGUACUAUGAUGAGUUUUUGCAAAGCUCUAAAUUUAGUAAGUACUUUAAAGAGGGGUACCAACUGCCCGCGGACGUCAUUUCCAUGAAGGGCGAGGUCAUCACGGUGAAGGAGAAUUGCAACCCCUUGGGGAUUAACGAGUCUCUUAUAGGGCUGUCCAUAAAUGAGAAAAAGAACAUAACCGCCUACCUCCCUGUGGAUCUGUUCAAGGCGCACUUUGACUCCUCUGCCGAUGCGGGGGACCGAAGGAGCUGCGAAGGGGCUGCCCAGGUUACGGGCAUCGACAAGGAUGGUACAAGCAGGGAUGGCACAAGCAGGGAUGGCACAAGCACAGAUGGCAUAAGCAGGGAGAGCAUAAACAAAUUUAGGGAAGUCAUUUACAGCGAAAUUAAGAAGCUCAAGAGCCGCAGCUUCUUUCGCAGGCUGGAGGACAUUCUGAGGAGCAACCAGGGCAGGUUCUUCGACCGGGACGGGGCGAUUACCGGUGAGAAGUCCACCGGUGGGGCGAUUAGCGGUGAAGAACCUACCGGUGAAGAGUCCACCGGUGGGGAGCCUACCCGUGAGGGGGACAUCGAAUUUAUCCUAAACGAUAACAGCCCGCUGUAUGAUGGGGAAGAGGCGGAGGGUGAGGACGAUGAAGAAGCGCACCCGCAGCCGCAAUCGCAGCCGCAGUCUCAAUCACUACGGGCACCGCCCGGUGAGCAGGACCACCCCGAGGAAGAGACCCAGUUCAACAAAAACUUCGACAAGUACCUGGAGGAGCUGCUCAAAGAUGAUAUAAACUCCCUGGAUGAGAAACUACACGGGAGGGGAGCAGCUCCAAAGACGGAGGACAUUCUGCGCAAUGUGUGUGACCCUAAUGAGUACGAGAAAUGUGAAGAGGGAAAUGCAAAAAAAGGAGGAAUAGGUAAAAAAACGGAUGAGGAAGAAAUGCUAAAUGAUUAUAUGCUUGGAAAAUGCGACUUGGUCAAGUGCGUAUUGGAGGUACACGUGUUGGACGUAAAGUCGCGAAAAAGGAGUGAAGAAGAUAUAAAAGAUUAUGUGAAAAAAAAAUACAACAAAACGAUGGAUGAGCUUCAUGACGAAGUGGAAGAGAGAGCCAUGAAGGACAUACAAAACAAAUGUGUAGACCAGAGGAGAAUGGAAGCUUAUAAAAAAUUAAUGGAAAUUUCGUCGCUAAAUGUACCCACAACGUUGUUUCACGCGCAAGGGAAAAUGCUAUACAGCAGCUAUUUGAAGAAAAAAAAAAUGCAAAACAGCGAAAAUGAUAAAAACGAAAAAGUGUUAAGCUUUGAAGAGUUCAUCAACAAAUCACAGAAAGAAAUUUAUGACCAAGUGAAAUUUUCAUUUAUCGUUAAGACGAUUUUCCAAAAUGCAAAGUUAAAGGUAAAUUACGACGACGUAAUAAAGGACGUAUUAAAAACGCUACUCAAAACUCCAACCAAUAAUGUAAAAUCGUUAAUAAAAAAAAUCCAUACCAUUCACCAGGCGCAGUGCGUACUCGAUUUUGUAUCCCUAAAUGGUGAUAUUUCCUUCGUGACGAAUAAUAACUCGUCUGUUAAUUUUUCAGUCACCAUGAAAAAGGGGUCGCACUACACAAAGGAGGAAUUCCUUAACGCGGACGAGGCGUUGGAGGAUCCCCAGGCAGGUCCGCGCACAGGGGAGGAGGCAUCACCAUCGCGGAAAUCGUCCCCCCUUUGUGGUGAAGAAAGGAACGGAAAAAAUGACAAAUGUGGAAACACACCAAAUGAUGGGGACCAAAAGGGGAAACAGAAAAUUUUUAACUUUACGGAUGAAUCCAAUUUUGUGGUGGAAAACAAGAAGGAGGAUAAUGAGCAAGUGGAGCUGGAAUAUUUUACCUUUAAAAAGGGCGCGAAUUAUACCAAAUAUUUUGAAGAAAAAUAUAAAAAAAAAUGA